AUGCCACUCAGACUGGAUCCCGAGUUAGCAGAGGCUAUGGCGCCGUUCGCUGCGGCUCCGAAGCCUGACUUUCAAGACGCUCUGCAGAUUCGUGCGUCAAAUUCUGCCGUGGCUGCAGUCACUUUUAUGGCCGUUCCGUUCCCCGAGGGUAUUGAAGAAACCAGCCACUCCAUUACAUCACUUGAUGGAAGCACCUCAAUUGAGGUUCGUCGCUUCCUCCCCCGCGCAGUCAAGGACGGGCCUGGACCGCACCGAGCUGUUUUGUUUGCAUUUGGAGGGGGUUUUGUCUCGGGCAGUGUCCAAGAAUUUCGGUCGUUUAUUGGAAAAGCUGCAGUAGAGACGCAAUCACAGUAUUUUGGCGUGCAAUACCGCUACGCCCCCGAACAUCCCUUCCCGGCAGCAGUGGAGGACGUCUUUUCUGCUCUCAAGUGGGUACAGGAACACGCCGCCGAGUUCAACGUCGAUCCAGCUCGUGUCAUUGUUCAUGGGCAUAGUGCGGGUGCUGGUCUUGUUGCAGGCGUGGCACUGAUGGCCAGGGACAAGGGCUUGAGCCCCCCUCUCGCCGGUCAAGUGUUGAAGUACCCUAUGCUCGAUGACCGCACGAGUUUGAGCGAGGAUCAUCCCCUCACUCCAUUCCUCUCCUGGCCAGACAAAGCCAAUAAGAUCGCCUGGCAGGCGUACCUGGGGGGUAAAGAACAGUCUAAAAGAACCGAGGGCACUGUUUCUCCAUAUGCCGCCCCAGCAAGAGCACAUGACUUGAGCGGGCUCCCUAAGACAUUCAUUGAAGUGGGAGGGUUGGAUCUCUUUAGAGACGAGAAUAUAGCAUACGCCGCAAAACUUACAUCGGCGAACGUGGAAGUGGAAUUCCACCUUUACCCAGGGCUCUUCCACGCUUAUGACGGGCUAGCACCGAACAUUACUCUGGCAAAAGCUUCAGAGGAGAAUAUUUACAAAUUCAUAAAAACCCUCUAG